GCUUGUGACAUGGCCGAGGAAGAGGCGUGCAUGUUCGCGCUGCAGCUGGCCACGUCGGCGAUCCUGCCCAUGACGCUCCGGACUUGCAUCGAGCUGGGCCUGCUGGAGACCCUUGCGGGCGCCGGCGGGAAACCGCUCACUCCGGAGGAGGUGGCCGCGAAGCUCCCGUCCAAUUCCAACCCGGAGGCGGCGGCCAUGGUGGAUCGUUUGCUCCGGGUGCUGGCCGCAUACAAGGUUGUGUCCUGCGUGGUGGAGGAGUGCGAGGACGGCGGCCUCUCCCGCCGGUACGGCGCCGAGCCGGUGUGCAAGUGGCUCACCGCCAACGAGGACGGCGUGUCCAUGGCUCCGUUCUGCCUCCUGGCCCAGGACAGGCUCUUCAUGGAGGCCUGGUGCCACAUGAAGGAGGCGGUCCUAGAGGGUGGCAGCGCCUUCACCAAGGCGUUCGGGUCGUCGUGGUUCGAGCAUGCCGCCACGGAUGCUCGCUUCAACCGCGUCUUCAACGAGGCCAUGAAGCAGCAUUCCGUCAUCAUCACCAAGAAGCUCCUUGAGCUGUACCCGGGUUUCGAGGGCAUCGGCACCCUCGUGGACGUCGCCGGCGGCCUCGGCGCCGUCCUCCACUCCAUCACCACCAAGUACCCGAGCAUCAAGGGGGUCAACUUCGAUCUGCCCCAUGUAAUCUCGGAGGCACAGCCUUACCCUGGCGUGGAGCAUGUCGGCGGCGACAUGUUCCAGAUGGUGCCCUCCGGCGACGCCAUCCUCAUGAAGUGGAUCCUCAACUGCUUUAGCGACCAGGAAUGUGCCAAGCUGCUCAAGAACUGCUACGACGCAUUGCCCGCCCAUGGCAAGGUGAUCAACGUGGAGUGCAUCCUGCCGGCGAAGCCGGCCGCGACCAACAGCGCGCAGGGGUUAAUCAGCACCGACGUGUGUCUGCUGGCCUACAGCCCGGGUGGCAAGGAAAGGUACCUGAGGGACUUAGAGAAGCUCGCCAAGGGUGCUGGAUUCACCGGCGUCAAGGCCACAUACAUCUAUGCUGACUUUUGGGCUAUGGAGUAUACCAAGUACUAGCGCCGCCGCCGGUCUCUUCUACCUAACUAUUGCUGUUCUCAUCUAACUCCCAUACUACUUAAUUAAUAACCAAGCAAAAAAGUAAAAAUAAAAUAACCCAUACGCAAUUUCCGCAUAAAAUCAAAUGGUGUGAGAGUUAAAUGAGACUUAGUUAUGUCUCAUCUAGAUGAGAACUAGACAUACCCAUUUUAUAUCAGCCCCCGGCGCCAUAUACAAAUAAGAUACUAAAAUCAAACUAUAUGGAGAACUAGAGCACAUUUUCAAUCUAUAAUAACGUCUAUAUAUGUUAUUAUAACGUCUUACAAUAUUUGUGACUGGCUGGCUGCACGGCUAGAUUAUAUUAACUACUCUCUUCAUUUUAUAAUGUAAGAUGUUUUUUCACUCUAAUGUAGAAUUAAUAAAUGUCUUACAUUAUGGGA